CACACGCGCGCGCUCAUGGACGGCGCAGAGGUGGAUCACCUGACCGCUACUCUGGCGCAGUGGGACUGGAGGACUGACAGCCGACAUUUCGGGGAGCAGAGCGGCUCCAUCAGACGCACAUGUUCCUCACCUGAACCCUCUGCCUCUCCCUGCUCCACCUGUUCCUCCUCCUCAUCCUCCACCUCCCCAGAGGCUCCAGAGGCUCCAGGGGAAAUGUUCUCGGAUUAUUCAUACGCCGGAAGGAAAGCGGUGCAGACGAAAACCUCUAGACCCAAAAUGUCGACGAAGAGGCGCAUGAAGGCGAGCGAGAGAGAGAAGAUGCGCAUGAGGAGCUUAGCUGAAGCUCUGCAUCAGCUCCGGGAUUACCUGCCUCCUGUCUACAGCCGCAGAGGACAACCACUGACCAAGAUCCAGACUCUCAAAUACACCAUCGAGUACAUAAAGGAGCUGUCGGAAAUCCUCAGCCACCAGUGAAGCGACACUGAGAAGUUCAUGGACACUGGUCUUUAUCCUAAAUCAGCUUGUAUUCUGCGUGCCUAAAGAGAUUGUUUGUACAGAAAUGUGCCAUACUUCUGAUGUAAAUACUUGUUUUGGCACUUUUUUUUUCCUAUUCAUAUCUUCCAUAUGCUAAUCAAAUAUUUCAAGACAGAGAUCAUGGAAUAAACCUUGUUUCCUUUUA